AUGGACGACUCGUCGACCCCCCUCGCCGACUACUUCUGGAUCGCCGGCAUUGAGAACAUCUCGUACGACGAUUCCCUGCCGUCCUCCCCGAAUUUCGACCAGACGAUAACGGAAGACGGCGAGGGCGAGGCGGCCGGCAAUGCCAGCAAGGAAAGGGAGGCCCGAUCUACUCCUACGGCUUCUGCCAGACACUCGCGCCACAACUCGGCCAGUCGCUUGUCUAAACUCUCACAAGAUGGCACUUUCCACCUGAACUUUAGCCAUCUCGAGGAUGACGGCAACACACGAAGCAACCGAAGCAGCGCGACUAUCCGCCUCGUCCCUCCUGUGAAUUCGUCCGCCAGUCAGAAUGGCACCCCCAAUGGCACCCCCAAUGGCGCCCCUAAUGGCAUGCCUGAGUUCGACUUCGACAAAGCACUGCUCAAGUUUGCAUCGGAGCGCGAGAUAUUCCUCGACGAUCUGACUUUCAGUGCCGGCGCCAAGUUGCAAUCGCGUCCGCCCAUGGUCAACCCGCGAACCGAGAGGAUAAAGGCCGAGGAGGUUGAGAAUGGGAGGAAGAGUCCACUCAAGAGCAUCAAGGGAAGCAUUCGCCGCAAGAUUAGUUUCAGGGACAUGAACAGCAUGAGGAGGCAGCCGACUGCUCCCAGACCAACAUCGCACCGCCAACCAGCUGCCUCGAUACGGACCGCGAAGCGACUGAGCAACUACAACUCGGUCAUCCCCCCUCCGGAACCGCUCAACACCGACCCAAACAUGCACCCACUAAAACGACGAUUCGAGCCGACAUUACUCGACAGAUAUCCUCCAAGGGAUGCAUCAGAGGAACUGGCACGUAGAGGACGGUUCCCCGACUACGUGCCAAUGUUUGCCUUCCCGAACGACAUACAAAUCGUAUCAUCGGAUGACAGGCCGCGUUCUACCUGGCACGGCUUCACCAUGACUUCGGAGGACGGCAGCAAAAUCUAUGGCGUAGCCAUUACGGUAUGGACGGCUCUCAAAGCCGACGUGGCCGAGGAGAUCGAGCAGAAAUGCGAACAAUGGCGUCAAAGCCACAUGUCGAACGAGGAGCGAGAACUGGCUGCAAGCUUGGGGGUGAGGCUGGCUGCAGAAAGGGCAAACCUUUCCCAGCUUCUUGCCCAGCUUCCCCUGGUGGCCUCGGGCUCUGUGGCUAGAGAAAAUCUAGACGACCAGAUCAGCGCAGUCGAGGAGAAGAUUGGGUUGAUGGCGGAGAUGUUGAGGCCCCUCAGACAUGGUGCGGCCUCCAAAAUCGACGGUCUCACUGCUGGUGAAAGCGGUCUUUGGUCACCCAGGGCAUACGGUAUCAUUGGCCGUGAUGCUUCCAAGGUGUCUUUCUGGAAGGAGUGGCUCAGGGCGAUUGUGGUACCCAUGACGGAUGGCGCUGUGCUUCGAGUACCUCCAAGCUCACCGAGGGUGGGCAGAUGGCAACCCCUAGAGCGAUAUGUCGUCAACCUCUGCACCGAGGCGUUCAGCCCAAUAAGCUCCAAGACGCAGGUUGAGCUGGGCGUCAGAGAGCUGCGACUGUACGCCCGCAAUGAAGCUGACAAUGAGCUUCCAGGCUCACGAAGCACCGAUCUAUACGCGUUGUUCCGUUGCCUGUCUUUGGAGAACAUUGUGGCACUGUUCGAGUAUGCCAUGUCGGAAUCCCGCAUAAUCUUUGCGUCACAACAUACAGCAAUGCUUCAUCUCGCAUGUCACGCUCUCGUCAGCUUGCUCUACCCGCUGAAAUGGGCUAGCGUCUUUAUUCCAGUGCUGCCAGCUCGCCUCCUCCAAGCUCUCGACGCUCCCUGUCCUUACAUAGUCGGCAUCGAGAAACGCUACGAGAAUAUCCAGCUGCCUGAUGAUGAUUACGUCCUCGUGGACCUUGACAAGGACACGAUAGAUGCGACCGCUCAACCGGUGCGUCUGCCUCGCCAACAUCGCCGCAAGCUCCUUGCACUAUUGCAGGUGGCUGCUGCACAUCGCUUGAGGUAUGGCGUCGAGCCAGGACCUCCUCCAUAUGCCAUUGAAGCUUUCCCGUACGAUGGCUUCUCGGUCGAGAACCAAUCCCUAUUCACCUCGACGCCGCCUAAGUCAAGCCUGGGCCGGUGGGUGUCGCAGAACUCGGCGACUUUUGGCGAGCCUGACCCAUCCAACCCGCCGCAACCUCCUCUUUUCAACGCCUUCCUUCGCUCCAAGCACGAGCAGAGCCGGUCGGAGCGACCGACGACCUCGAUGUCGACUAGGACCAGCCCACCUGCAUCGCUGUCUCCGAUUUCCAUGAAUUUUCCCCCCAUGCCCACGACGCCUGUUUCACGCAGCGACUCGGGCUUUGCAGCCGGGCCGACAACGCUCCGUGAGAAGCGCUCGACCCAUUUUGACGACCGCUCUAGGCGCAGUUCUUCAUAUGGGAUGGAUGGCAGGAACGGUGGCGUGCUCCACAAACCUAGCUUGCCAGUGCUCAACGGAGGUCACAACCCGAGCCUGUCAGUAUCGGCUAUCAGUAUCGACUCGCAAUCCUCCUACGGCGGGCCUGGUGUCGGGUACGCGCCAUCGACGUACGCGCAGAGCACCAUCGCGGCCAGUACUGUAAUGCCUCAGAUGCUGGUGCAACCAGUGACAAGCACAGACACGACAGUGUGGGUUGAGGGCCACUGCUUCAACUGGACACCCCGGGCGUCCACAUCGACGACGUGCGACAUUUGUGACGAGAGGUGCGAGAGUGACGACACUUUCAAGUGUGCUGGCUGCGGGUGCAUCUCCCACGGAAGAUGCCUGGGUGUUGCCUGCCUCGUCUGCCCGAUUGCGUUUGAUGCCGAGAGAGUUCGCGCUGCCUUUGUCCGCUGCCUGGCAAGUCUGCUGUACACAUACCGCAAACACCUCGGGCGGCCGAGCAGGGAGCAGAAGGCGAACGGCCAGUUGUACGCGUUCGACAUGGCUGGAUUCAUCAGAAGCUUGCCCUAUGAUCAACAGGAUUAUGCCGUUAUGAUGAGGGACACACAAGCUUUCAACGAGUUCGUUCACGAACGCGAACGCUCUCCGCCGAGCAACCCUCAAAUACGACUGUUUGAUGAAAUUCUACUUGCCAAGAAGGCGCGCGGCCGGCCGGCCAUGGGGACGUUAUCGCGGCUCUCGACGAUCCGGGUGUCGCAUGGGGCGUCGCUGGGAUCACACAACGGACCGGGUAGGGUGACCAAGGUCGCGGGCUACCUGGGCGACACGUCGGACCACAUCUGGCGAACGGCGUCUGUGCCAUUUCCCAACGCCAAGUUUCCCGGCGACUACCGUUCCGUCAUCACACGGGUGCCAACUAAGCUGGACUCGACUCUGAUGAAGGAACCGAGGGCAAUUCAGGGCGUGCCGAGGGCUGAGCAAGGAGGGAGGAGGGGUCUUGUGCGGAAGCAGGUGCCUAGUACGCUCAAUGCCACGGCUGCCAGCCCGAUUUGA